UCAGUAUAAAUAAAGUAUUUUUGUCUUAAUAUCUGACAAUGUUAAAUAAAUAAAUAAAACUAGUUAAAAAUAGGCAGUAAUAAUGGAAGAACCAGACUUAAAGAAGCUUGCAACGACUCAUGAGUUUUAUGUUGGAUUGUUGUUGGCUGUAUCAAGCUGCUUUUUCAUCGGUGCAUCAUUUAUAAUUAAAAAGAAAGGAUUAAUACGACUGGCAAGAGUAGGAAAACGAGCUGGCGCUGGUGGAUUUGGCUAUUUAAGAGACGCAGUAUGGUGGUUUGGACUAUUAUCUAUGGGACUAGGUGAAGUCUUGAAUUUUACAGCAUACAUGUUUGCACCAGCUUCUCUAGUUACGCCACUUGGAGCACUGUCCGUAAUUAUAACAGCGAUUCUUGCGAGCAAAUUUCUUAAUGAGCGAUUAAACUUGCUUGGCAAAAUGGGAUGUUUUUUAUGCAUGAUUGGCAGUACAAUCAUUGUUAUUCAUUCACCCAAAGAAACAGAAAUUACUGAUCUUAAUGUCCUGAUUGAAAAAGCAUCAGAUUCAGCUUUUAUUACUUAUGUGCUGGUUGUGCUUCUUAUAGCUGCAUUUAUAGCAUUCUAUCUGGGACCUCGAAUAGGACAUAAGAAUGUUGUUGUUUAUAUUCUUCUAUGCUCAUCAAUAGGAUCAUUAACUGUUAUGUCCUGUAAAGCAUUAGGUUUAGCUAUAAAAGAGACACUAUCCGGAAAAUCGAAUGAUUUUGGAAUGUCAUUACCCUACAUACUUGUCAUCAUAUCUGCUGUAUUUAUCGCUAUUCAAAUGAACUAUUUAAAUAAGGCACUUGACAUCUUCAACACAUCUAUAGUCACUCCAAUCUAUUAUGUUAUAUUUACAACUUUAGUCAUAUUUGCUUCAGCUAUUUUAUUUAAAGAAUGGAAAAAUAUGGAUGUCUCAAAUAUUAUUGGUGAUAUUUGUGGAUUUCUGGUAGUCAUAUGUGCUGUUAUAUUGCUCAAUGCAUUCAAAGACAUGGACGUAUCAAUGGAUGAUUUGACAUCUCAAAUGAGACCAAGAAGGAGAUUAGUGACGCUCGGUGGAAGUGCCAGAAAUGGAAAUAUUCACUUAGAAGAAAGUGGAAGUCUAAUGGGUCAUUCUUAUGGCCAAAGUGAUAAUGACACAUAGCAUAAUAAGCUUCAAGAUUGAUUAAUCAAAAGUUUACCAUAAAUAUCAACACUUAAUUCAAUUAAUUAUGGAACAAUUUUAAAGGACUGAAAAUUAUUAAAAUGGAAGAACAAAAAAAAUUAUUGUUCAGUUUCUGGAUUCACUAUUUUUAUAAGGUUUCUGUAACAUUGAAUAAUUAAUUACGUAGGUAUAAGUUACCCCAUAAAAAAAAUCAAAUUAAAAUUUAUGAUACUUUAUCCUGCCUU